UCGCUUCCCCGGAUGUCUUCCGGGUUGGAGUUCCUCCAUCGGUUGAAGUAGUUCUGGAGGUACCAUGGCUGAGGACCCUGCGCUGUCCCUCCGCAUCUCGGAGAUCAAGGACCCGGCGGUUCUCUUCGAGCGCUACAACACCGAGGAGAUCCGCCGGAUUGAACGCAAAGUCCGCGGGGAGAUCGAGCAGAAGAAGGAGGAGCUGAGGCAGAUGGUGGGGGAGCGGUACCGGGACCUGAUCGACGCCGCCGACACCAUCGGAGAGAUGAGGCAGUGCUCGGAGAGUGUCGUCCGGUCAAUCCAGGACAUGCAGCAGUACUGCCACAGCCUCAAACAGAGCAAAGCCGGCGUGAGCAGCUGCAGACUGGAGGGUCAGAGGCAGUGGCAGGAGAAGUUCCACACCAUGGCUUCCCAGAUCAAGCUCCUCUUGGAGAUCCCGGAGCGCAUCUGGAGCGCCAUGGAGGCGUCCCAGUACCUCCAGGCCACCCAGCUCUACCUCCUGUGCUGCUACCUGCACAAUCUUCUGCAGCUGGAGGCCGCCUCGGGGGCCCACUACAGCCCCGUCCUCGUCCGCUUCCCCAUCCUGGUCCGGCAGGUCGCCACCACGGGACACUUCAGGUCAACCAUUCUGCUGGACAGCAGGUCUCUGCUGCGAGGCCGGGCAGUGUCGGAUCAGGCCAUCGCCGAGGCCCUGGUGUCCACCAUGCUGCUGGAGGACAGCUCACCACGUCAGGCCCUGGCUGACUUCCUAUUGGCCAGGAAGGCUUCCAUCCAUCAGCUGCUGAACCAACCACAGCAUGGUGCAGGGAUCAAGGCUCAGGUGUGCAGCCUGGUGGAGCUGCUGGUCACCACGCUGUUCCAGGCCUACGCCGUCUUCUAUCUGCCCCCAGACGGAAGCCCCAAGUCAGGGGAGGGAGCCCUGAGCUGCGGCAUGCUCUUCUCAAUCCUGGAGAACGUCACUUCCACCACCAGUGCAGCCAAAGGCAAAAAGGUGCUGCAGGAUGAGGCAAGCACCGGUAGCUGGUUCAGGUACCUGCCUCCGUCGGUCACUGAGUUUCAGCCGGCCCUCCGCACCCUGGCUCAGCCAAUACAGAGAGAGCACCUGCGGGACACCCUGCAGCAAUGGAUCAACACCUGUAAAGAGGACAUCUGCCGUGGUGUUGGCAGCCUUCUGGUCUACGUCAAGAGCCUCAAGGGGCUGGCUGCCAUCAGAGAUGCCGUGUGGGACCUUCUGUCCACAGAAUCCAUCAGUCAGCACUGGGGCACCGUUUGUGAGCGACUGCUGGAGCGCCCCCUGGCUGUCUGGGAUGACUUCCUGCAGCAGCUAUUCCUUCGGCGCCUGCAGGCUAUCACCAAAGAAGAAACCGAAGCCAUCUCAGCGAGCUCAGUCCAGCUUCUCACCUCAGCUGUGCGGGAUCUAGAAGACCAGACGGUCGGUUCCUCUUCGGCUGCCAACGCUGGCGCUGGUCGCGGGGCCCAGUACGAGGUGGAUGUGGCGUCCUUUUUGUGGUCCGAGUCCCCGGGGGACCUGCUGAGCGACGCGGGCUGGGUCAGCGUGGCUCAGCGGGGGCAGCAGAGGAGCGGCCUGGCCAUGAAGACCCAGGCUCUCACACCUUGCGUUCAGAACUUCUGCUCUUCCUUAGAUGUAAAGCUGAAGGAGAGGCUGGACGACCUCCAGUACUACCUUCCUUCCCAGGACACAGCAGGAUCUGACUCCAUCUCAGUGCCAGCCUCCUCCUCUGGACCUACCACCAACGGCUCGUCAGCCUCCUCAUUUAACCGCUUCACGGACUCCCCGGCGGUGGAGGAGGCGUUGCGUGAAGGCUGCCUGGCCUGCGUUCGCCACAUCCUUUCCUCCGUUCGCUCAGAAUUGCCCGCCGCCUCCCCAGACUCCAGCCCCGUCCGCCUCAAUUCAGUCCUGUUCAUGGCCAGGUUGUGUCAGUCUAUGGGUGAACUCUGCCCCAACCUGAAGAACUGCAUCCUGGGGAAACAGUCCGGAUCCGAGAGCGUGGCCAAGGGAACCCCGAGGCAGGGAAAGAAGCUGGGCAAAGCCAGGGCUGCCGCGGAGGUCAGUCCCGCCCAGGCCAAGUGGGCGGGGCUUAAGGAGGAGCUUCUCGGGUGCAGCAUGGAGGCCUACCGCAUCUGGAGCUCCGCCAUCUCCAAAGUGCUGCUGGAGAAGUUCAGCGCAGGGCUGCACGCCCAGUCUGCCGGCGACAUCCUAGCGACAGCGACAAACUGGGACGAUCUGGAAAUCCAAGAAGAGGCAGAGUCGGGGAGCAGCGUCACGUCCAAAAUCCGUCUUCCAGUCCAGCCGUCUUGGUUUGUGCAGCUGUUGCUGUUCCAGCUGUGCGUUGAGGUGAACCGGGUAGGGGGUCACGCACUGCCCCGGCCCACAUUGCAGGAGCUGCUGCAGACGUGUCUGUCUCAGGCCCUGAACCACUUCCACGGCCUCACACAGCAAAGCCACAGCAAGGAGGGUGUUUUCCCCAUGACUCAGAACAGAGCCUUGCAGUUGCUGUUUGACCUUCGCUACCUCAACACCACACUGGGCAGCAGACCGGAGGAAGGCAAGAGUUCCCGAUCCCACCAAGACCCCAGAUUCCAUGAAGUUUGUGAUUGGCUGGAGAGCUUCAUCGACCCCUUCGACCUGGACGUCUUCACCCCUCCGUUAAACGCCAACCUCAACCGCCUCUCUCAGAGGACCUCGGUGCUGCUGGGGCUGCUGACGGGCUCAGAGAAGCAGUUUUCCACGAGGAGCAGCAGCGUGAACUCCCAGGAGCCUUACAACAUCCUUCCACUGGCCAGCAGCCAGAUCAGGUUCGGGUUGCUGCCUCUCAGCAUGUCCAACACACGGAAGUCAAAGUCCUCCUCCAGGGUGUCUGAAGCUCCUCACCAGGUGGCUCCUCAACCCUCCACAGUAGCCAGCGACGACAGCUUCCGACCGGGCAGCCUCUUCCGACAGCUCGCCGACCAGGACGAAGACGCAGCGGCGACGGCUCCUUCUUUAUUCAAGCUCAGCUGGCUCUCUGGCAUGGCGAAAUAACCCCUUUAUGACUUUUUAUUUGCCUUUUCAGAUACUUUGUAACAAAAGAGAACACUAUGUACAGUAAAUAUAAUUUUGUCUUUUGGGAAAA